AUGGCAUCGAAAGUUGUUAUUUUAACAAGAAGAGAAGUAUUCUCUGCAAGUCAUAGAUUAUAUUCUGAACAUUUAACUGAGGAAGAGAAUAAAGCUACCUAUGGAAAAUGUAUAAAUCAACAUGGACACAAUUAUACUUUGGAGGUAUCAGUUCGUGGAAAGCUGAAUGAAAAGACAGGAAUGUUUAUCAAUGCCACCGAGUUGAAACAGAUCAUCAAAGAGGAAAUCAUGGAUAGAAUGGAUCACAAGAAUCUCGAAGUCGAUGUCAAGGAAUUCCAAGGUGUAGUCACCACCACAGAGAACCUAUGUGUAGUCAUUUACGAACUGCUAGCCAAACGUCUAGGUGAACUGCUAUACGAAGUUAAAAUAUUAGAAACCGAAAAUAACUAUGUAAUCUACAGAGGUGAUAGCAGUUAA